CUCCUGCAAAUAAAAAUGAAUUUAUCCUCGAGUCGACUUUUUAAUUUUUAAUUUUGGAAAAUUAAUCAUUUGAAAUACUGGCAAAAUUAGGAAUUUCGGGGGGAAAAAGGAAAAUCUUCCGGUUAAAAAGGAAAGAAGCAAUUCGAAAUUUGAAAAAAAAUUAUCGAGAAUGAAAUUUUGAAAAUUUCGUGUCGUCCAUUCCAGAGGAAUCGUUUAGAGGAUUUUGAAAAAAAAAGAAAAGAGGAGCUUGUUUCGGAUUACCAAAUUGUGAAAAAUAUAAAUUGAAGCUGUCUAAUUAGAGGGAUGCGGGUACAAAGAAGGUGACUGUUUCGUGGUUUGAUCGAUUCUCGAAGGAACUCAUGAAAAACCUACUCCUCGUGUGGUCCAAUCAGUGCGAACAAUUGAUUUGCAAAUAUUACUGUGUUAUCUAUCAUGUGAUUACUUUUUUUUACAAUGUAAACCAAUGACGCGUCGAAUUCUGACUCGUUGACUCUCAAAAGUUUAGAGUGUAACGAUGGAUCAAUGUCAAGGAAAAAGUGAAGGUAUUAGUGCGAAACGAUAGUUCUUUUUUUUUUUUAAACGGGGGUGGUUUCCUUCCAUUUUGGUCCCAGAAUGGAGAGGAGAAGAAUGCCAAGAAGAAGAGGCCUUUCCUCCGCGGAAAUUCGACAGGAAUUAUCAGUAAAUGCGUCCACACAACAAUCGGAAGUAAUAGCGAGGUUACUGCCUAUCAACGGGAACCCCGAGAUCACAGGAUGCAAAGAUCGACCUCAUAUUUGUGGAAAAGAAGCGGCAUGUCGUAGCUUUAAAGACAACACAUCCAAAUGCGUCUGUCCGCACGAUCUAUCCCCACCAACAACGGAUUUAAAAUGUCCAAACCGUCUAAUAGUUCCCCUAACACCUCGACCUAUACCCAACAUAAUCCCUCCAAAUGGUAAUUCUACCAAUAGCACGACUGCUCUUCCAGAAGCAGAACAGUAUUUUCAUACUGUUCAACAGGCAGAGCGUGUGAGACAAAAGGUACCUGAAAUAAUAGGAAUCACCAUAGCAUUCGUCGCGGUAUUAGCAAUAUUGUUGAGUAUAGUCUACUGCGUGAAGAAAAGAAGUUAUAACGUGAAAUCACAGAGGAAUUCCCUGGAUGGAACGCCGAUGAAUCUGAAAAAGGGAUUGCUGCUAGCGAAUAAGUACACACCUAACCCACAGUAUUUCAGUUGCGCUUCGCCGGAAGUGUCGAUUCUGCAACGUGAGUCUCUUGCAUUUUUACAAGAAAUUGGCGAAGGGUGUUUUGGAAAAGUAUAUAAAGGAGAAUUGUGUAUCGGGGAUUCGAAAGAGAUCGUCGCUAUAAAAGUUUUGAAAGAAACUGCACCGCGAGAAGCUGAAGAAGAUUUUAUGCGAGAAGUCGACAUCAUGUCCACUUUUGGGCAUAGAAAUAUUUUGUCAUUGAAAGGUGCAGUGCUUCGUGAAGGUAAUAGUAGUCCAUGGAUGGUUUUCGAAUACAUGCCGUACGGAGAUCUCGCUGAAGUUUUACGAUCGAACUCUCGACAAUUUAAUAGAUCGCCGAAACCUGAGAUGCAACCUUUAACUGAGGAGUCUUUACAUUGGAUAACAAUCCAAAUUGCAGCUGGUAUGACAUAUUUAUCGGGUCAAAGAUUCGUUCAUAGAGAUUUGGCAUGUAGAAAUUGUCUAGUUGGUUAUGAUUUCAUUGUUAAAAUAGCAGAUUUUGGAAUGUCACGAGAUGUUUAUACUUGCGAUUACUAUAAGAUAAAAGGUUCUAGACUUUUACCAAUCCGUUGGAUGUCACCCGAAAGUGUAAUGUACGGACGAUUUACAUUGGAAAGUGAUGUAUGGAGUUUUGGCGUUGUUCUAUGGGAAGUCUAUUCCUUUGGCAAACAACCAUAUUACGGACAUAAUAACGAAGAAGUAGUGAAGCUAAUUUUUCAAGGCAUAAUGCUUAUACCUCCGGAAGGAUGUCCACCAUUUGUCUGCCAAAUAAUGCGAGAAUGUUGGAAAACUGAUCCUAAGGAUAGAAUUAAAUUUCCGGAGAUAUUAGAAAGACUGGAAAAAGUUAAAGUUAAGUCAAUUCAAGAUACGUUACCAAGACCACCUCAAGGUCCAGUCACCAUUCGUACACCAGACGUAUUAGAUCCUGAUGGCUAUUUAUUACCAGCACCGGCAAAACCCCACGAAUACUUGCAAACUUUACCAUCUUUGUCCGAUUGAUAUUCAUCAAAAUCAUGCAUGUUAACAGAAGUUAACAGAAGUCAUAAAAUAAUCAAAAUUUCUAAAUUGGGAAAAAAAAUAGGAUCAAAUAGAAUCAAUAAAAUUCGUUGCAAUUUUCUUAAAAGUUAUUGUUUUCGUAAUUAAAGAUGGAUACAUUUUAAGGUAAAAAAAUUAUUGAAAAAUACAAAAAUUUUGUUUUAAUCGAUAUAAUAUUAAUAAAUCCAUAAAUAAGGAAUGAAGGAAUGUGAAUAAUGAAGGAAUAAUCAAUGAUAAAAUAUUGCAACGAUAUGAAACGAUAUAUUGCAGAAAUUUGGAAAUUUUUCAAAAAGAUAAUUUCUUAUGUUAUUUUUAUACAUACAUAUGUAUAUAUUGUUAUACUUUGUCUUUUUUGAUCUUUGUCUUUUAUAGCGUCCGGAUUGAAAGACUGAUAUGAAUCGAUUUUGAUAAUAUUUCUGUAUAAAUAUUUUGACAUAAGAAAUUUACAGAUAGCCUUGUUUUAAUUAAUUUAAAUUAAUUGUAUCGUUGUUAUUGAUAUUAAAUAUAAAAAAAAACAUACAAUGAAAUUCAAACAUUCAUAUAAAAAAAAAUAAA